AUGAAUUUGUGGGCAAUGGUGCCGUUUUGGACACAAUGGUCGUACUGCUUAAUUAUUUUAUACCUUAUACUUUUUACAAAACGUGGAAGCGGACAAGCGACAGAUGUUGAUGUUCGAUUAACAGCUCCGAGUUGGGUAGCACGUGGAGGUUCUGCUACACUGCGUUGCCUUCAUCAGGUACCGCCGCAGCUUCUAUAUAAAGUCGAGUUUCUGAGGUCUGGAGCAAAACUGUUACAAUAUGUGCGUGAAAGAGUACCGCCAUUUACUAACUAUACAUUUCCCGGUGGUAAGCUUAAUAUGUCUCUGGUGACAGAAAAUUCUAUUACGAUUGAGAAUCUUGAUCCAUCAGCCUCAGGCCUUUAUUGGUGUGAAGUUUCUCUAGAGACGCCAAUCUUCACAGCUGCGUCUCCAACUCAUCAAUUGACUGUAGUUUAUGCUCAAAAGCACCCACCUAUCAUUACAUUUGGUAAGCCAGACGUAGUGGUGGAAGGCUUAUUACGAGCCAAUUGUACCAGUGCUCCCGCUGCUCCGGCGCCGCGACUGACUUGGUACAUCGACAAUGAAAAGGUUCCGGAAGAAUCAAUUAAAUAUUUCUCAUAUCGAGUGUCAAGUUCAACAAGGACAAAAGGAGGCGGUGGCUAUAAAAACAGAAAGUACCACCAUAGAUACAUAGCCCCUGAAUUUAACUAUACCGCUAAGUACUGGGCUCUCGUAAGUGAGACUACAACCACAGUCCCCAACACUACAAAACAUAGCAAAUGCACAUUGAAAGAAGGACAAAGUGAAGAAAUGAAAAAGAUUCGUGAAAAACCGAGGGAACCGCAAAACGUUCCUAUUUCCUUAUGGGUGUCUAUAGCCGAGUUGAGAACUCCAGCUCAUGGAAGAUUGCAGCUUACCUGUACUGCGACUAUUCCAGAUGAAGUUGGUCCGGGUGAAAGAUAUGCUGAUGUAAAAAAACAAACCGUAUCAGUUGAAAUGAAUGAACUAAGCAUUAAGCGACCCCACUCCGAAACUAGCCACGCUAAUUCAACGACGACUUGUCUAUUUGUCCAUCAUACACUUUGGCUUUUCGGCUGCGGAAUUCUCCUUCAUGAGCUUUACUUACAGUUGUAUUAA